AUUCGUCUUUAAUUAUUGCCACCUGCGUCUUUGCGUAGGUGUUUCAGAGCUCGGUCUCGAUUGUCGGGGGUCGGGGGUUGGGCGUGGUAUACUUAUUGAUCGGGUGUCGAAUCCUUUGUUGUCUCGUCCGGCCCGGGCAGAGCUAGUUAUCGAUAGUAUAUGUAUAUACAAAUACUGCAUUGCGGCGUAUUUGUGAGUCUGCGCGACGCAUGCGCUCGGGCGUAGUGGCGCCGUAUUUGCUCGAUUGAUUUUUACCCCAGACAACCUGACCUGGCAAAACGCCCGUCAUUUCGUGUCGACUCCAGCAGAAUAUGGGUGUUGGAAAAAUGUGAAUUGUUUUAGUGUCAUCUAAUAGGUGUAAAAUACCUCUAAAGGGGACAGUGUCUAGCUAGCUAAUCUCUAUUUCAUGUGGUAAUGAAAUAGGGAUUACUAAAAGACUUUGUCAAUCUUUGAUAGUGUUCGGUGGACACUUGUGUUGAAAUAAGUUGGUGUUCAAUUAACUAACUCAAAAUGAAUUUACAUAUGGUUAAAUUUACCAUGAUAGACGUUCUUGGAAAUGGUGAACAUUAUUACGAGUUGAGUGAUGAGACCACAGUCGAAGAAUUGAAAAUUAUUAUUGAAGAAGAGAUGGAUAUCGAGGUGGCCUCUCAGCGGCUGAUCUUCUGCGGGAGGGUGCUUCAAGAUGAUAAGAAGUUAAUUGAUUGUGGUGUUCACGGGAACGUGAUACACAUGGUCCGGAGGCCACCACCUGGUCCGGAGACGAGACAGUUCAGGGAUGACGCCGACGCCAAUAUCGCCGGCCCCGGUUACGUGAGCGCCAGGUUCGAGGACCAUGCUGAACGCACCCGGCAAGAGAUAAGGAGGCUUAUGGAAUCCAUGAACUUAUCGCCUACGUUGAGCCGCUUGGAGUUUACGCGGCGUGCCAUCUUGGAAAUAAAAGUCUUGCUCCUGCAACUGAAAAAUCAUGUUGAGGCACGGCGAACUCGAUCCGACCAAGAGCAGCCAGGUCCGUCUACAUCUAGAGAUAGACCGGGCGGUCGAGCCCAUCCAAUCCAAGAGGUAGACGAUGCCGAGGCUGUUGGCGCAUUUCAACCUAUGCCCAGCUCGAUGCUUGAGGAUCUCCCAAUAUUUCAUCGGCAUGCUGAUGACAUAGUAGGAGUGGUUGCAAGAGGGGACGAUUACAACUAUGGGCCUCGUCACGGUAUGACGCUGUCAGGUCCCAACCCCAGGGAGUUGGCAAGUCUGAUGGAGGAGUUGGAGAUUCUGAAUAUGAGCUUUGCCAGAUACCGCGCCAUUUACAUCGAUCUUCUGAUGGUUGCCAGUCGCACACCUCCCCCACCAUGCAGCGAAGAGGAGAAGGCACACCAGAAGCGUACAAUGGAUCUGAUUUGCACCAUAAUGCACAGCUUCGCGCAUGCGUACCACACAAUCAGCGACAUAUCAUUAGACCUUACGCCGCAACUGCCACAGCUGACAUCGGAGAUAUCAACCAUGCAUGCCACUAUACCUGUCCAUGCAGUGAUCAAUGUGUUCCAACCGCAACAAGGUGCUUGGGUGCCGCAAGGUCCCCCGGCCGAUGGAAACGCUCAGCCGAUGGCUGGACAGGGCAACGCAAACCCGGGGCAGGAUGGCAGUGGCGCCGACCAGUCGCAACAACAAGCGCAGCAAGCGGCUGAUGUGGCAAAUAUGGAACAAGUGCAUUUUGAUUUGGAAAAUGUCUUCCGCGGUCUUGGGGGGCACCCCAGCGGCGUAGAGGUGGUGAUGAGCAUGGAGGAGAUCCCAGCGGAAGCUGUGGCUGCAGGGCACAUCGUUGGAGCGCCUAUUAACCAGCUCCCGCUACAAGGCGACGGCCAAGUUUUCGCUGCACAAUUGGGUAUGCCGUGGGGCGCAGCUCCCAGCGCCGAUUUCAUUCAUACCAUUGUAUCAACUGUGAUUGAACAUAGAAUCGAGGGUGAAAUUCCGCAGCAACCCCAACAGCAGCAGAAUAUUCAGCAGCAGAUGCAACAACCGCAACAGCAGCAGCAGAAUGUCCAGCAGCAGCAACAGCAACAGCAGCCGCAGCAGCCACAACAGCCACAACAGCCGCAACCUGCAAGCAAAUACCGUCCUUCACUAUACGAUUCCGAUACCGACUCCGACUCGGAAAUGCAGACCAGCGGUUUGUCGCCGAUGAUACAAAAGACCCAGACGUCGCUUAGGAUCAAUUCUCCAGAUGCCAUGGAAACGGAAUCAUCAGAACCAGCGCCGGUCCGACAGAACGUAGCUGGUAUUACCGACCAGGAGCCCCAACAGCUUCGUCCUAACAUGCCGACCAGCAAUAAUCAGGCGGCUCAGAUGUCGCAGCCAGCCCAGAGCGCACAAUCGGCUCCGUCGGCUCAAUCGACUCCGACGGCUCCGUCGGCUCCCUCGGCUCCAUCGGCUCCGUCGGCUCCGUCGGCUCCGUCGGCUCCAUCUGCUGAGCAACAGCGUCAAGGUCAACCAAUAGACCCAAAUGAAGCGGCACGCCGUGAGAUGGCUAACGCUAUGGCCGCCCCGCCUACUGCGGUCUAUGAUCGUUUCUUGCCUUGCGAGAGCAUACGGCUACGACAGAGGGCAGACCCGAAUAACUUCGAACACCAGGAGCGCAUGGAAAUUCUAGCCCGCAUGCACCUCGAGCACUUGAAUUCACGAGACAUACGUCAUCUUGAGAGGCGCGGCUGCCAUCUAACUAAUUCGCAGUUCACGAUCAUGCAUGAACUGUUGCAGAGCAGGCCUUCAAGACUGACCUACAUUAACGCCUAUUUGGUAGUAGUUGCAAGACAGGCGUAUAUGCCUGGUCUAAUGCACCCAACUGCCUCAGAGGAACCGCUGAUACCGUUUGAAUACCAUGAUGUACAUCGUCAUGUUCAAACGUUCGCGCGACAAAUUCUGCAAGAAUCCCGCGCCGCCAAUGCUGCUAAUCCGUUCGGUGUUGUGACGGAAUAUAUCUUGAAUAGAAACAGGGCGUUUAUUGCUGGCCUUAUGGACGUGAGCACUGGAUUCCGUAUCCGCUGUUAUAUGCGACCAGACGUUGAUUUACAUCGCACUUUGUCAAACUUCUUUAACAACCGGCUGCCGCGUUGCUUUAUGAGCAUUUUGAGCCCCAGAGACUCUUAUAUGUCCGCUGCUGAAUUCUACUCAAUGAUAGGAAGUUUGCAUCGUGAUCUGCUCGCCCUUAUUAUGUGCUGCACCAACAGCGAACGCGGCUUGCAAUCGAUCCAUCGACAGUUCCUCAACCAGCUAUUGGAAGGGGUUGAUGAAGACACUGCGCUAUAUCUGAGAACGUUUGCUCAUGAGAUAUUCCUGCAGCUGAACGUGACUCCCGCGUACGCCGCGUACCACAACCUACGAGUUCAUUUGCAUAUGUUUUCUGAAUACACCGUGUUCCAACGACAGGACCUCGAAUCGCAAAUGUCAGCGCUUCAAGAGCCGAGGUUUGAAUCUUUCUCUGAUAUGUCAAGAAUGCAAUUUUCACCGCCAGAACGGGUGUCGAGUCUGGCACCGAUACCACUUCCCUUCGGGCAGCCCCAGCCGACAAGCAGGCCUACAUCGUCUUCUGUGCUGACACCAACACAGACACAGGUCACGUGGCCUUCAUUAGAAUCCCACCCUUCAUCCAGGCCCAGGUCUUCCUUAAUUACGUCGCCAACACAGGCCACGCGGCCUACAGGAAGCCCCAGGCCGACAGUCAGGCCCACGCCGUCACCUAUGUUGCAACCAACACGUGCCACGUGGUCGUCAUUAACAUCCCAGCCGGGAAACAGGCCUACGUAUGCCUCUAUGAUCGCCAGCAAAACAGCCGCGCAGUCUAAAGCAAGACCCCAGUCGACAGGCAAGCCCACGCCGUCCUCUGUGACGUCACCAACACAGGCCACCCAGUCUACAGCAAAUCCUAGACCGACAGGAAAGCUUAUACCACCCACCCAGACCGUGCGGCCCAUGCCAAACAUGAUGCCACGGUCUUCUUAUCCGUCUUCCCAUUCGCAGGGACCUCGUAAAACGCUAGCUAUGGCUAUGUUUGAAUAUGAGUUAGCCAUGGCAAACCCUGAUGCUGUCGCCGAGAAUGGAAGAAGGCUUCAGAAUCCCAUCCUGGCCGCAAUGAGUACAACCACAAAUGUGCCACCAAAUGCAGACACACAAACGAUCAUCGACGAAGAUGAGUUCACCCUCGGCCCAAAUGAUUUCUUAGAUAGUGAGGAAGAUAUUGACGAAACUGAAGAUAUUGAUGACACAGAAGAAAAUUAUGAAGAAGUCAAGGAACAAGAAAAAUAUGUAGAGCAAGUUACAGUAAAAAACAAAGGACAAGGAAAAAAACAGAAGGAGAUCGCGAAUAAAACCACAAAAGACGAAAAUGUUCAGUCUGCUAACUCGGAUGAUAACACUGUAGCCGCAAGCAACGUUGCAGCUAACACAAGUGGCCGUGCUGACGAAACACAUAAUUCGAACCAAACAGAUGGUUUGGUCUUACCGGUUGCAGUAACGCCACCUGUUCGAGCUGAUCCUAUUUCUCACAACGAAUCAGAUGAGAGCGACGGCACCGUGCCAGAAGGCAGGUCCCAGCGCCGCAAUCGGGUUCGUCCAAUGGAAACGACACAAACUACAUCAGAACCUGAAGAGAACCGACCGAAGAUCCCGUCAAUACUGAUCAUCCAGCAUUGGGGCGAGGAGUGGGUGCCAGUUCUCUCGAGCGACCAGUCCAACCAGCGCAGCGAUCAGCCGCCGUUUAGCAAUGCUUACCUUAGCGGAAUGCCCUCCAGAAAACGUCGCUGCAUCCGACGCUCGCGGCCACCAACAGAUCUCGAUGGCUUCAUUAAUGCAUCGCUCAACGAGGUUUCUGGUAGCGUCAGCGAUGGUGACGCGUCAAGCGUACGUGCCGCUUUUCGAGACCACAUCCGGCGGCUCGUCCGCGCUCGCGUGGCCCUCGUUGAGGCGGCCGACCCCGAGCGAUACACAAACGCGGCAAGCUUUCUUCAAUCAAGUUCGGAGAUAUCGGAGGCACAGACAGCAAGAUGCUAACCGACGCCUCGACCGCUUUGGAUGAUUGAUCGCUCAAAAGAACUUGGCAAACAAACGACACUAGGCUAUUCACACGGAUCCGAUCAAUGCAAUUGUACUUCGGCAAAUGUAUUACAUAGUCUGACCAAGAAUAUAGAAAACCUAGGCAUGCUGUCUUAUAUAGGGUAAUGGCGACAUCAUUUUCCUUCAAAAAAUUCGUUGCCAUGACACUGACAGUGUUUUAUUUUAAUUGAAGUAUAAUUUUGAUUAAAUUGUAUAUAAUUUUGUUACUUAAAAUUGUGAAAAAUCAAUCAAUUCACAUAUUCGGAGUAAAAAUAUGCAUUUAAAAGAGAAUAAGUCUGAAAUACUGGUAUAAUUUUUUCCUUAUGUCAAGUAUUGAAAUAUCAAAGAGGAUUACGAUAUCCUCGUACGAGGUUAUUUAUAUUCUUGGUCAGAUUAUAAUUAAUUUAAUUAUUUUGUAAGUUUUUCUUUUAUAUUUAUUAUAUUAUUUAAUGAUUUUUUUGGUCAGAUAUAUAUUUUAAUCCUCUUGUCUUAGGUGAGCAGUGCUGCUACUAAUGUGCAACUAAUCUUUGGUUUCAGAGACCAAAAUCCUUGUAUAAAGAAUAUUGUUAUCUCUAUUAUGUGAAAUAGAUGAUGCCGAUAUAUUUUAAACUGGGAUUUUGGUCUCAAAACCAAAGAUAAGUUGCGUUUUUUAGCUCAACUGUGCCAAGGGGUGAGAUUUUGGUGCAAACUUCGGUAAAUGUGCAAAUUCUUACGUAUAGCUUUUGUCUUAAUAUUGUUUUGCUGUUAAAAUUAUAUUCUUACUUUAAACGCUUGAAGUUUGCAUCGAUGUCGAGGUGAUUUACUCUGUACCAAGUCGAUGGCGCAAUUUUCUAAUGUAUGAACUUUGUCGCCCGGUGACAGUGACAAUGUCACUCGUGAGUCGUACAUAAUCCAACACGUAUGUACCUUAUCGACUCGGUAAACAAGAUGAGUAAAAUAUUAUUGAAUUAUAAUUUUCACUUUUUGGACUUUACCGUAUAACUGAAUGUUGUUUGUUAGUUUGUAACUUAGACGUAACAUUGGUGUUUAUAAAAUAAUUAAUAUCUACAAUGUAAACACAGUAUGUCUGACACAACCCUUUACUGUGAAAUGGAGUGGUUUAUGAGUAUGAACUAUUAUUCAUUUGUGAUUAAUAGUAAAGAAAUCUUGAAUAUAAUCUUUCGAAUAACACUUAUUAUACGGAUGGUUUUUUUUA